UGGCAAAGAGUGCUGCAACCCAAAAUGACAAAUGCAUGUUUGAGAAUGCACGAUAAGAGCAAAAUAGAGUGCGUGCUACGAGGUUGUUUGUAUUUUGACAUUUGUUAAAUGACACUUUGCCUUCAUUUGUAGUGCAAAACUAAACAUAAACAAUCACGAAACGACAAAAUGAUUGCAACAAAACAAACAAAUCCCCUGAAUUGGAAAAUGUAGAAAUAUCACGGAAAAGUGCAUUGUGGGCGAUUGUUUUUGGAUGACAUUCCAGAAGUGCCAUAAAGGAAGAGAAACGACCAUUUUGAACUUCCCUUCGAACACCUCGAACGAUUCCAUUUUGGGUUUCAUUAAUUAUUUUAGCCAUGGAAAUGUUUCGCUUGUAAUGAUUACAAAUUAAACUGUAAUCUACACCGUGCCACAGCGAACGACGUUUCCUGUCGGGGCAAAGAAAUAACAGUCGUUCGGUCGGUCGGUCGAUUGGUCAGCCAAAUGGCCAAAGUAUCGCCGCUAAAUCGUCAAAGUGAUUUGCAAAACUCUCAAAACAACGGAAAUGUAAUUUAGAAACACUAAUAACAACAUUUUUCAAAUAAAGAACCGCACCGCACUGAAAAAAAGGAAAAACUUCGGUGUUCCCAAAAAUCGAAAAUGUGGUGAAACGGGGAGGUGUUGCGUGCACAACCAUGGUGACCAUGGUCGACUACGUCAAUGUGAAGUCCAGUGAGAUCUUGUUCAGCAACUACAACAACAUCUUCGAAUACUGCAUUGAUUGGGAACCAGACCACCGUCAACACCAACAGCAACACCAUUACAAUGGGCAAUAGUCAGAUGAAAACGGCGGCCACGGCUGCCGAUGCGACAGCAGGGGACGCCAGCGGUGGGUUCGAAGGCGGCGGUGGUGGCAUUUCUUCGUCAUCGUUGAGAGCCUCUAUGAAAAGUCGCCGAGGAAGUAGAGUAAAAGUUUUUGGUCUUCUGGGUCAGAAGAAAGCAUCAAAGGAACCAACAACGCCAACCACGCCAUCGUCCGCCACAGCUCCGCCACAAUUUGGUGUUGCAAAUGUGGCAAAAUCUCGAGCAUCAACUGCCAGCUGUAUUGAAAUGAUUGACGAAGAGGAACGAACAUCUCUGGAGCAGAGUCAUGCUGCUGUUAUACGCCAACUGGAGCUGGAACAAAUGGAAAUACGCGCUGGUUGGCAAAGCGUCAAGUCAACAACUAAAACAACUGAUCCCAGAAAAGUCAGCGGUUCUAAAAAGAAACGUUUAGCACCACAACCACCCUGUGUCAGAAAAGAGGGAUUAGCUGCGACAACAACCCCAGAGUUGAAAACAUCAGUACUAAAAGCAAAACGAAUUGGUGAACAUAUGGUUGAGGUCGAUGAUAAAUUACAACACCAACAAUUACAACAUCAGUUUUCAACGAAAGAGAGCCAAGAUCACAAAGAAUUCAUUGAAAAUCUUUUUGUGGAGGCAACCACAAAAUCAGACAAUUUUACAUCUGAAGUAACAGAGACAAGUGUGGAUGUUGAAAUAAGACCUACAACUCCAACGACAGCUACGUGUGCAACAACAAAUGAACACAACCCGCCGCUAUCGCCGAACAGUACCAGUGUUGUAACGGCACCUCUUGCAGAUUCCCCCGGCGAUCUGUGCCCCAAUUCCACUGCAACAGAUAAUGACGAUGAAUUCCUGGACGGCGAGGACGAUGACGAUGAUGUAGAUAGUUCGGCAACAGCAACAUCAACGACUACCAAAAAGACAAAUAAAAAUCUAACGCACAAUAAAUCACUAUCCUACACGGCAGUCCAGUUGCCAACCAACCUGGAACAGCAUCUAUUGGCGGCAGCAGCAGCAGCCAAUGCGAAUGCAAUCCAAGCGAAAAAACAACGACCCCUCAGUGAAAUAAGCAUCGCUUCCGGCGAUACCUCGGGAAUUCUCUCGCCAACAACGGCUCGGGCCAUAUACGAAUUACGUAAGCGCCACCAAGCGGACAAGUUAUCGCUGCUGUCAGUGGCCAAAACAAGCUAUUUGGAAAUUGUGCCAACCGAAUUGCCCACAGAAUCCAGUCCGGAGAGUACCGAUGAACAAAUGGCCAUGCACUUGGGCAAGAAGCUGGCGCAGGUAUUGAGUGGCAAUUCAGCUGGUGCUGGAGGUGUCACCAAUGCUGCCGGUGUUGGGACGGGCGUAAAUACCAAUAGUGCUGGCACUCCUGGUUCGCCGCUGCCUGAUAAUGGAAAUUAUUUCAUUGCUGCAACAACAACCGCCACCAAUGAACUCUUCAACAUUGCCAAAGCAAAGAAGAUUGAAUUGCCAAGUUUGUCGUCACGUUUGGUGGCAAGUGCCGCUCCGUCGCUCGACAGUCAUGGCAUGCAGUCAACAAUAGCUUCAACGGAUGCCAAACAUUUGCCAAGUUUACACUCGUCCUCGUCGACACCCUCGCUAUCAUCGCUCCACUCGUCGAACACAACGCAAAUAGGUAGCCUUGCUGCAACCGGCACUCCAACCCAUUCCACAGAAACGCAAUCAACCGUUAUAAUUUCAUUUAAAUCAUCCCAAACACCUGUUCUAUCUCAAACAGCGUUUCCAGGUGUCAAUGCACCGCCCACGCCGCCCGACGACACGACAUUCUCCCAUGAACUGCCGCCAACGCCAUCGAACAAUAACGAUAAUGCCGAGCCAACAACAAUGCCAGCGACGGUGUCUCUAUCGAGUAGCAUUAUUGGGGCAACAAGCCAAAUGGGAUCGCCUCUGCCGCCGUGCACGCCACGCAACAAUGUCCUCAAAAAAGUGGCCUCGUUUACGGCGGAAAAGGCUGCGGCUGGCAGUGCCAGCAAAAUCAAUAACGGCGAUAGCUACUGUGGCAUGGCGGGACCAUACGAAAGUAACGGCUUGAGACGUUCAUCAUUUGUGCCCGAGAAGUUAAGCUUCGCUGCAUAUGAAAAGUUUGAAGGUCAAAUGCUCAUGAAAUGGUUCAUAUCCUCGUUACAGAACGGCAACGGCAAUGGCCAUCUCAGCGAACAGGACAUCAACACGCUGACACUGCAGUACUGCAACAAUUUAAUCAAUGUGGGCGUGCUCAAGCAAAUAUCGGAGCGGCGGGAUGCCGAUUUGGAUGCGUUCAGCCCCUUCCACAUGUACCAAUGGACACACACCGAGGCUCCAACAACAUCCCAACCACAUACUCCCGGAAAACUGGAUAAGGUCAAUGUGUGGCCCUACUGCAGCACACCGGCUGGUAUUACUCGUGUGCCGAAGAGCAUUCAAGUGGACUCGCCGCAACCCGAAAGAGAAACAGGAUUUCAACAGCUCUUGAGAAAGAGACUUUUGAGCUGUUCAACAAUUGCCGAGGUGCAUGCGGUCGUAAAUGAUCUCUUGGCAGCGGGUGAACCGCUACGAAAACCCUCCAAUCGAUGCAUUCAAUUAACGGAACUUUUAAACGCCAGUGAAACAACGGUAUAUCAAUACGACAAAAAUGUUAGUGAAGGUAGUUCGGGCAUUGAAAUUGGUAGCUUACAGGAUGUCGGCGUUCAAACCGAAGAAUUAGAACAACAUCCGGUUCACUUGUUAUGUAGCAAAUGUAGAAAAGAUGCAGCUGAAGAUAUGUUAACCUGCGAAAAAGAAACUCAAGUUUCGCUCCCACAAUCCGGAGAUACUGAAAAGGCCAGUACAAAAACUGAGUCUGGUCCUGUAUCUACUCCGCCGCCUCCACCUCCGCCACCACCACCACUCAUGUCACCAGCAACACCAAUACCGCCUCCUCCACCACCACCUCCACCUGGAUCAUCCCUACCACCCCCUCCUCCUCCACCUCUUCCACUUGGCGGCUCUGGCCUGCCUCCUCCACCGCCACCACCAGCUCCUCCCUGCCUUAAUUCAACAAUUCCCAGCGCUAACAACCACAAUACAUCGGCCGGUGGAACUCCCCCACCACCUCCGCCAGGUCCACCCAAAACUCCAUCCACACCUGCUCCAUUGCCCAACCCGACCGAGGGAGGCUGGUUCAAUCAAGCCAACAUAAUUCCUCCAACUGCCCAUCAUUUAGCGCUACGAAAGACUGCCGUUAAUCCACCCAAACCCAUGAAACCUCUCUACUGGACGCGUAUUGUAACCCAACCGCCACCACCCAAACCUGCCCAGCCAUUUGCUAGUUCCGCCUCCGAUGAGACAGACUCAAGUCCCUCCAGUUCUCCCGAUGAUCCACCGCCUGCCGCCAAGGCCCAAGCCACCAAAGAGAUCUGGCAAGAAAUCGACGAAACAAGCCUGGACAAUAUUGACGAAUUCACCGAACUAUUUUCACGUGAAGCUGUUGUGCCCGUCAGCAGGCCAAAAGUGAAAACCGAAGUCCGGGUGAGGCACACAAAGGUGUUGGACAGCAAGAGAUCUCAAAAUGUGGGCAUCAUAUCUCGAAGUUCCCAUGUGGACUUUUGCGAGAUCGAACAUGCCAUCUACCAUGUGGACACCUCGGUUGUGAGUCUAGAAACACUGCAGCAGAUAAUCAACAUCAAGGCUACCAAUGAGGAGUUGGAACUGAUUAAGGAGGCAGCUCAAAGCGAUAUCCCUCUAGACUAUCCCGAACAAUUCCUAUUGAAAAUUUCGCAAAUAUCCAUGUCCACGGAACGCAUAUCCUGUAUUGUGUUUAUGGCCGAGUUUGAGGAGUGUGCCACAGUGAUCGAACGGAAGCUGGAAGUUGUUCUGCAUUUAUCGCAAUUCCUGGUGGAGAGUGAGGAGCUGAAACUGCUGUUCGCCAUCAUCCUAACCCUGGGCAAUUACAUGAAUGGUGGCAAUCGCCAAAGAGGUCAAGCCGAUGGUUUCACGCUGGAGAUUUUGGGCAAACUAAAGGAUGUCAAAUCAAAAGAAUCGCAUACCACACUGCUGCAUUUCAUUGUGCGGACCUACAUCAGUCGCAAGCGAAAAGAAGGUGUACAGCUUCUGGAAAUUCCAUUGCCCAUACCGGAACCGUCCGAUGUGGAGAGAGCUAGUCAGGUGGACUUUGAUGAGGUCAAGAGGCAAAUUUCAGAAUUGAAUCGACAACUUAAAUCGACCAAAGCCAUUACCGAAAAGGUCAUCUCAAAUUCAACUCCACAAAAUAUGGAACCAUUCAAAUCAAAAAUGGAAGAAUUCAUUGAACACGCAUCGAAAGUCGUUGACAAACUGUAUAAGGAACUCGACGAUUGCAGGGAUAUGUUCCUGGAAACCAUGAAAUUCUAUCACUAUUCACCCAAAACUGGCACAAUCGAAUCGUGUACGCCCAAAACAUUUUUCGAAAACUGGACCAAUUUUACAAAUGAUUUUAAGGAUAUCAUGAAGAAGGAAAUUGCCGUAUUAUGGAAUGAAUUAUUGAAAAAAUCUAAGGAUGUUCAAUCGCGCAAAACUGUCAAAACUACAAAAGUGAAACCUGGAGGCCUCAAGGAACGCAUUUUACGUCUGAACAAAAAGUAAACAAAGCUGUUGAUGUUAUUACCCUACAAAAAUCGCCCACAUGCCGAUAUUACUAAAAUUAUUAUUACUAUUAUUAAUAAAUUUUAUCAAUUAGAUCUACACCUAGCAAGUAGUUAACGAACAACCUAAUUUUAAUAAUUAAUUGCCUUACAAUCAAAAUGAAGUGAACGGAAAUGCACACUUUUUUUGCAGUA